AGGACUUUCUGGCAGCAACGCUGAGCCGUGGAGGACUAAAAGGGGGCGUCCUUUUUCUGUUCCACUUCCGUGGGAAAGUGGCCUUUGAAUUUUCCCACGCGCCCAGAUCAGGAGCGGAAAGGAGUGUCUCUCUCUGCCUGGGAAGGAAGCUGGAAGGUGGGGCACUGCUUGGAGUCCGACCAUUGGUUUAAAGGCAAGAAGAUGGCCUGUCUUCUGCCGGAUGUCUGCAAAGAAGCUCCGUUGACUGACUACAGCCGAGCCACUGAGAAAAGCAAGUCCUUCCAGGUGAAGGAAGAGGUCCUGGAGGAGGAGGCAAUUGCUUCCAGCCCAGAGAGGCAGCGACAGCGUUUCCGGCAGUUCGGCUUCACGGAGGACCAGAGCCCACGAGAGGUGUGCAAUUGCCUGUGGGAGCUGUGCCGCCUCUGGUUGCGACCCGAGAAGCACAGCAAGGAGCAGAUGGUGGAACUGGUGGUGCUGGAGCAGUUCCUGGCUGCCCUGCCCGCCGAGGUCCAGGGCUGGGUCCGAAGGAUGGGACCGGAGCACUGCUCCCAGGCCGUGGCCCUGGCGGAGGACUUUCUGCGGAGGCACCAAGAGGACGAUGGGCAGGGAAAACUGGUGCUGGGAGCAUUCAAAGAGGAGCGGGACAGUUUCCAGAACACAGAUGAAGCUUCGUCAGACUCCUGGCAGAGGGUCAUCUUAGGGGAGAUCAAACAGGAGGAGGAGGAAGACGAGGAUAGAGUUGCUGCCUCAAUGGGUGACGAACAAACAUAUGACACGGAUCCGGACAAUUCUGGAGUAGCAGAAGCCCACAAAAUACUGCUUGGAAGGGUUGUGUGGAAUGUUUCCCACAGCCCUAAUUCAGGAGAAGCUUCAGAGAGCUGCCUGGAGAAGGGAGAAUUGAGUUGUCAUUCCCAAGUCGCAGCAGGAGUCGGAGUCCAGUCGAUAAUCCAAGACGAGCGCUUGAAAAAAUGCCCCGAAUGUGGGAAAAGUUUUGUGUGGCGGUCGGAGCUUAUCGAGCACCAAAGAUCCCACACGGGGGAGAGGCCCUACUCCUGCUCCUACUGCGGGAAGAGCUUCAGCCGCAAGUCGUACAUUAUUAAGCACGAGAGGAUCCACACAGGGGAGAAGCCCUACAUCUGCUCCCACUGCGGCAAAGGCUUCAUCUCCAAGUCGGACCUGAUUAAACAUGAAAGAACCCACACGGGGGAGAAACCCUAUCUGUGCCCCGACUGCGGGAGGAGCUUCAGCCGGAAACAGUUCCUGGUGACCCACCGGCGGACCCACACCGGGGAGAAGCCCUACAAGUGCUCUGAGUGCGGAAAGAGCUUCAGCCAGCGGACUUGCCUGGUCAUCCACGAGAGAGCCCACACCGGGGAGAAGCCCUUCCAGUGUCUCGUGUGCGGGAAGAGCUUCGGCAGGAGGGACAUCCUCAUGACGCACCAGAAGCUGCACACCCGAGAGAAGGCCUUCCAGUGCACAGACUGGUUGUGAAACGCACACCAGCAGCUCUCUGUGUGUAGUUGUGCACACAGAAUACUUUGUUGGGAGGUGUUAGCUGGCCCUGAUUGUUUCCUGUGUGGAAUUCCCCUGUUUUCAGAGUGUUGUUCUUUAUUUAGUGUUCUGAUUUUAGAGAUUGUAUUGUUCUGUUUUAUUAUACCACAUUAAUGGUGGGUAAAUCAUAAGAGGUGGAAGAGACCAAAAGGGCCAUCCACUCCGACCCUCUUCUGCCAAGCAGGAAAAGUACAAUCAAACCACCCAAAACAGAUGGCCAUCCAUCCUCUGUUUAAAAGCCUCCAAUGAAGGAGCUUCCACCGCACUCCAAGGCAGAGAGUUCCAUUGUUGAACUGCCUGUACAGUCAGGAAGUUCUUCUUAAUGUUCAGAUGGAAUCUCCUUUCCUGUAAUUUGAACCCAUUGCUCUGAGUCCUAGGCUGAAUCGACACUUCCAUUUAAUCCAGAUUAUCAAAUCAGAUGAUAAUAAUAAUAAUACAGUAGAGUCUCGCUUAUCCAACAUAAACGGGCCGACAGAACGUUGGAUAAGCAAAUAUCUUGAAUAAUAAGGAGGGAUUACAGAAAAGCCUGUGGAGAAGAGCAAACCACAGACCGCUUACUACAAUGCAGCCUAAUCCCUGCGACAUGCACAAUGGAGGACCUUCUUAAACCGACAUCAGAGGCAACUCACUAAUGCCUUGAAAGACCUCUCCAGCUACUACAAAGAGAACCACCUGAAGCCCAACCCUGCCAAGACACAAGUGUGUGCUUUCCACCUACGUAACCGCGAAGCCAACAGGAAACUGAAAGUUACUUGGGAAGGCCAAGAGCUCGAACACUGUUUCCAUCCUAAAUACCUUGGUGUCACUUUAGAUCGAACAGUAACAUACAGGAAACACUGCAUGAACACCAAGCACAAAGUACCUGCACGCAAUAACAUCCUGCGGAAACUGACUGGCAGCGCAUGGGGAGCAGACCCACAAGUAAUAAGAACCUCAGCCCUGGCCUUGUCUUUCUCAACUGCAGAGUAUGCCUGUCCUGUUUGGCACAAGUCUGCCCAUGCAAAGCAGGUGGACAUAGCACUGAAUGAAACAUGCAGAAUCAUCACAGGAUGCCUUAAACCUACACCUGUUGAUAAACUCUACAAGUUAGCUGGCAUUGCCCCUCCUGACGUGCGACGGGAAGUUGCUGCCAACGGUGAGCAAAAAAAGGUCGAACAUUGUGAAAGCCACCCAUUGCAUGAUUAUCACCCUCCUCCCACCAGACUCAAAUCAAGGAAGGGCUUCAUGAGAACCACCACUCCUCUUGAUGUUCCUCCAGCAGCAGCAAAGGUGUCUCUCUGGGCAGCUAAACCUGGCAAUUCUAACUGGAUGGCCCCUCAUGAGGGUCUUCCUCCAGGGGCAAACCAGGAAUGGGCAACUUGGAAGUCCUUGAACAGACUCAGAAGCGGAGUGGGCAGAUCAAAAGACAACUUGGCAAAGUGGCACUACCUGGAGGAAUCCUCCACCUUGUGUGACUGUGGAGCAGAACAAACAACUCCUGAUAUGUAUGCUUGCCCACAAUGCCCUGCCUCAUGUACGGAGGAGGAGUUGUUUAAAGCUACAGACAAUGCAGUUGCUGUUGCCCGCUUUUGGUCCAAAACUAUUUAGUUGCUUGUGAUUUCUUCUUUUUUUUAAUUUCCAUUAUUUGAAAUGUAUUGGUUGUACAAUGCUUUUGACACGAAAUAAAUAAAAGGCAGCUUUGGUAA